AUGGCUUCGAGACUAAUACUCAUCUUGGGGGAUCUGUUUAUCCCAGAUCGAGCAGCAGAUAUACCAGCCAAGUUCCGAAAGCUCCUCACACCCGGAAAGAUUGGACAGAUAAUAUGUCUGGGAAAUCUGAAAGACAAGGAAACAUUUGACUACCUAAGACAAGUAGCACCGGAGCUACACCUCGUCAAAGGCGACUACGAUGUCGAUACUCCGAACUUGGCACUAUCGAAAGUCGUCCAGCAUGGCAAUAUGCGCAUCGGUUUUACGCACGGGCACACCAUAAUUCCUCAGGGAGAUGCAGAUGCUCUAUUGAUUGCAGCCAGGCAGAUGGAUGUUGACGUCUUAUUAUGGGGCGGUACUCACAAAUUUGAAGCGUACGAGCUGGAGGGGAAGUUCUUCGUCAACCCAGGGAGUGCUACUGGCGCCUUCAGUACUGCAUGGGCCGCUGAUGAGGAAGAACCUACUCCAAGUUUCUGCUUGAUGGAUGUACAGGGUGAUGUCCUGGUACUCUAUGUUUAUCAACUUCGAACCGACGCCAAUGGUAACGAGAAUGUCGCGGUUGAAAAGGUGUCGUUCAGAAGACAAAUACCUACAAGCACAUCAUGA